GGUGACAUCACUAAUUUAAGGAGUCAGGGAUCAGAACUCCACAAUUCCCGCAGACUAGUCAGACUCGUCUGGUGUUGCCUUUGCAGUGGACCCAUCCCCAUCGGAGUUGCGAGUUGAGAAAGAUCUCACGACAAUGAUGGAGCUAAUGACUGCUACCCCUUUCUAUCACAUCAAUGCAACAGAUGCCACUGGGAAAAAUGGCAGUUUGUAUGAAGAUGACGAGGAGUAUGACUAUAAGGACGAGUAUUCUGGGGUGAGACAGUCUCUCAACAUCAUGUCUCUCAUCGUUUACAGCCUGGCCUUUGUUCUUGGUGUACUCGGGAAUGGAGUGGUGAUCUGGGUGACCGGGUUUAAGAUGAAGAAAACAGUUAACACAGUUUGGUUCCUCAACCUUGCCAUUGCUGACUUCCUCUUCACAGCAUUCUUGCCCCUGAGUGUGACGUACACAGCUUUGGAUUUCCACUGGCCUUUCGGCAAGUUCAUGUGCAAACUGAACAGCACUAUAAGCUUUCUGAACAUGUUCGCUAGUGUCUACAUUCUGGUGGUGAUCAGUGUGGACAGAUGUGUCUCUGUGGUGUGGCCCGUCUGGGCCCAGAACCACCGAAGUGUACGCAAGGCGUCCUGCGUGAGUCUGGGUGUUUGGAUGCUGGCUCUGAUUCUCAGCGCUCCAUACUUCAUCUUCAGGGACACAGGGCCAUCAUAUAACAAUGAAGACAUCAUCAACUGCUUCAACAACUUUGCUUUUUCUGAUGAUUAUGAAACACAGUCUGUGAAUCAGCUGCGUCAAUUUCGUCAUCAGGCCAUGACCAUUACUCGCUUCCUCCUGGGCUUUGUGGUCCCCUUUACUGUCAUUGUCUCCUGUUAUGCUGUCAUAAUCCAUCAUCUCAGAAGAAACCGCACCCUGGCCAACCAAUCAAGUCGCCCCUUAAAGAUCAUUGCCACCGUUAUCACCACUUUUUUCCUGUGCUGGGCUCCUUAUCACAUCAUGGCUCUAAUUGAGUUGGUAAAUCACAUGGCUACUCAUGCAAGUGAAACAUUACACCAUGUCAUCACUAUCGGAGUCCCCAUAGCAACCAGCCUGGCCUUUCUCAACAGCUGCCUGAACCCACUGCUGUAUGUGUUCAUGGGUCAAGAUUUCAAGGACAAGGUCCGCAAAUCCAUCCUGAAUGUACUGGAGACUGCCUUCCAGGAGGAGGUUUCUCGCUCUUACACCUACACAAACUCAAUGGUCACCAUUCGGAGCAAAGAAAAGUCCUUUUCUGAUGCUGAGGUAUAAGGUUGUCCAUGACAUGAAGACACAAAUACUGUAACUGUACAUAGAAAAUGUAACUGUAUAUAACAAAUAACUUUUUGCUUAGCUUUUGUUGUUUUGCUUUUUUAUUCAGGAAGCCUCAAGGCGACCUGUACACAUGAUCUCAGACUGAAAGGUUUCAACUGUUACAGUUUGAUUCAUAUGAAUUUUAUGAUUGGCUAUUUAAUCAGUUAACUUCCCUUACAGUACUUUCAGUGCGGAGUAAACACAAGGUAAUACUGUAUGACUGUAUGUAAUACAGUUGGCCGCACUUUAACUCACAGCAGUACAGUCUGUACCAUAUUAGAUCUGGUGGAUAUGUAAUGUGCAAUCGUUUUUGACAGAAGUGAAAUCAAGUGAAGUCAAAUUAGGUAUUAUAUUUGUUCAACUUGUGCAUCAUAUUUUGUUGACAAAGGGAACUUGUUCUUCAUCUAUCACAUCCAGUCCAGAUGUUGAUUACUGCAGUAUGUUCCUGCCUGUAUGUGUCAGCAAAGAAAACAAGCAACCGCAUGCAAUUCUUGCCAUAGAAUAUAUUUGGCUGUAACCUGGAAGAGGUUUAAGAGGUAAACUGCUAUUUGUCUUGUGGAUGACAAAACUGAGCACAUGACAGUAACCACAAAGGCCAUCUUUGAGCACAUGAAAGUGAAGCAGCCAGUUAAACUACUAGAUUUAAUAUAACAAAUGUUGUCUAUAUAGUAAUUUUCAUUAGGUUAAUCCGUCUGUAAUGUCUGUUUAUUAUGCUGACAACACCAUAGCAAUUGAUUCAACUGCUGCAUGCUACAUGUUAUUUGUUAUUCAGCACAAUGAGGUUAAUGUAAGCCUAAUACAUAUGAUUUUGACUAUAAGAUUAUUAUACAUAAAGUAGCAGCUGCAUUGUAUACUUGGCUUUGUUUGAUUUUCUGAUCAUUGUUAGUUGUUUUGGGGGUGUGUCUCCAAUCACUCUAAGUAAAUGCAUGUUGUACCAUAAUCAAUUAAUUUAAUGUAUUAUUUUGUCCCUGAUUGUUUUGUUUAUUUCUGAGGUGGAAUUAAAGAUUAUUUUCAUUAUCUA